GAGGCAGAGGUUGCAGUGAGCCGAGAUUGUGCCACCGCACUCCAGCCUGCAUGACAGAGCAAGACUCCAUCUCAAAAAAAAAAAAAAAAAGAAUCGUACGUAGUCGCAGUGCCUGAUGUGGUGUUUUGAUGCCUGUUGGCGUGGAACCUGGCUUGUAUUUAUCCUGUGGGAUGCAACGGCAGAUCCUUAACAUUUAAAACACACCUGCACGCUGUGCACAUGUUCCCUAGAACUUAAAGUAUAAUAAAUAAAUACAUAAUAAAAACAUAAACACAUACAAAUCAACGGGCACUUAGUAAAUUAGUAAAUACUCACUAGCCAUUUCGUCAAUGGGUUAACUUGUCAUUUAAUCUGAUUUCCCUAAAGCAAUUUCAACCUACUCUUUCUCCAGGUCGUUUUAAACUCUCAGAGUGAACGUCUUGAUAGGACCGACAAGACGCAUGACAUGUACUUAGAAAGCUUAUCUUAGAGCCACACUGAGAUUGGAACCUACAAAAUAUGCCAGGUGAGAGAGCCUUCUCCAGCUUUGAACAUGUAAGAGGAACAUGUAAGAGAAUUUUUCUAUGAAGCAUGUUGUCUCAUAAUUCAAAAAUUAACACAAAAAAUAGAUUAUCGAGAUAACAAUUAGCUCAACAAUAAUAAAUCUAGAGGUGCUACAUGGAGAAAUGAAGGGCUGAUUUCGUAAUUCUUUUGUGAAGUUCUGGGAAGCCAGGAAUGGGAAUGAGGGCGUAGUUGGUGGCUCCGGGGAGGGCGACGGCGACGCAGUACUGAGUCAGGGGGCUGUUCCACAGGUCCCAGGGGAGCCCUGCAUGGUCCAGGCCAUGAGGAGCUGACCACCAACUCCCCCCUUUUCAUGCGUCUCCUGGUGUUGUUGCCCCUACUUCUGACCUGCCAGGAAGGCUGUCUUCCCAGGAGGUCACUUGUGGCAGGAGGCGGGGGAGUGAGGGACAUCCUCCUCACCAGAUGGGCACAGAGCCACAGACACCACGGACCUGGUUUCCAGAGGUGAAGGUCCCAAGGCGGUGUGAGACCUGGAGCCGGGGGUGUGGGACUGAGGGACACUGAGGCCCUGCCUGAGACCACACGGGCGAGACAGUGUGUGGGCAGGGGAGCCGUCGGAAGUCGGGGAGGGGCCAGACCAGAGCGGCUCUGUGCAGGCUGAAGCUGGAGCAGCCCCUCUGGCCACCGGGGUCUUGCCUGCGUCUCCCCUUGUGUUUUGGAUUCUGGCUCUGCCUCCCAGGGCAUGUGAUUGUCAUGAAAGAGACGGGCUGUGUCGGGGCGGAAACUGCCUCUGAGCUCAGGACUCGCACAGCAAGGCUGGGGCGCUGGUUUGAUGGGAAAAGAGCCCUCUGGGUGAAGAACGGGAGGAAGGUGAGCAAGGGGCACGACACUCACACCCGGAGAAACCCAACAAGCGCAGCGAGGCUGUGGGGAGACCGGAGCCCUGCACACUGCCGGCGAAGGUGGGCCAGCGUGGCCACCGUGGAGAACAGUGCGAAGACGCCCCAGAAGAUGAGACGGAACUGCCAUGAGAUCCAGCAAUGCCAACUGUGGGUCUGACCCAGGAGAACGGAAAGCAGGGAUGUGAACAGACCUCCUCGUGUUCUUAACACCGUUAUUCUCAGCAGCCCAGCUAAGGCUCAGAGGCAGCCGAGCGUCUGUCAGUGGAGUCGUGGAUGAGCAGAACACAGCACACGCCACAUUUGGAGGACUGUUCACAAUGGAAGGCACAAUGGAAUAUAUAUAUAUAUAUAUAUAUAUAUAAUUUUUUGGUUUUUUUGGUGAAACCCUGGAGGACACACUGAAUACAAUGGAACACCGUCCUGCCUUUGCAAGGAAGGGAAAUCCUGGCACACGCUGCCACAGGAGGGAGUUUGAGGACAUCGUGGCGAGUGGAGACACGGAACGACACACGCUGAGGACACGCACAGAUGCCCACCCAGGUGGGGAGGUGACAGGGGAGCCCAGCGCACAGAGACAAAGUGGAAUGGAGGCCUGGGGGCUGGGAGCAAAUGCGGAGUGAGUGCUUCCUGGGACAGAGUCUCUGGGAAGAGGAGAAGGUUCUGCCGACGGAUGUUGGCGAUGGUGGCAGAAGAAUGUGAAUGUGCCCAGUGCUGCUGAAAAACGGUUACAAUGGAAACGCCACCCCAGUGACCACCACUACCCCGUGGGCCUCCCUGGGCCUCCCCGCCAAGACCUGCAACAACGUGUCCUUCGAGGAAAGCAGGAUAGUCCUGGUCGUGGUGUACAGCGCAGUGUGCACGCUGGGGGUGCCAGCAAACUGCCUGACUGCGUGGCUGACGCUGCUGCAGGUGCUGCAGGGCAACGUGCUGGCCGUCUACCUGCUCUGUCUGGCGCUCUGCGAGCUGCUCUACACCAGCACGCUGCCGCUCUGGGUCAUCUAUAUCCGCAACCAGCACCGCUGGACCCUGGGCCUGCUGGCCUGCAAGGUGACCGCCUACAUCUUCUUCUGCAACAUCUAUGUCAGCAUCCUCUUCCUGUGCUGCAUCUCCUGCGACCGCUUCGUGGCCGUGGUGUAUGCGCUGGAGAGUCGGGGCCACCGCCGCCAGAGGACCGCCAUCCUCAUCUCCGCCUGCAUCUUUAUCCUCGUCGGGAUCGUUCACUACCCAGUGUUCGAGAUGGAAGACAAGGAAACCUGCUUCGACAUGCUGCAGAUGGACAGCACGAUUGCCGGGUACUACUAUGCCAGGUUCACUGUUGGCUUUGCCAUCCCUCUUUCCAUCAUCGCCUUCACCAACCACCGGAUUUUCAGGAGCAUCAAGCAGAGCAUGGGCUUAAGCGCCGCCCAGAAGGCCAAAGUGAAGCACUCGGCCAUCGCGGUGGUUGUCAUCUUCCUGGUCUGCUUCGCCCCAUACCACCUGGUUCUCCUCGUCAAAGCCGCUGCCUUUUCCUACUACAGAGGAGACAGGAACGCUGUGUGCGGCUUGGAGGAAAGGCUGUACACAGCCUCUGUGGUGUUUCUGUGCCUGUCCACGGUGAACAGCGUGGCUGACCCCAUUAUCUACGUGCUGGCCACGGACCAUUCCCGCCAAGAAGUGUCCAGAAUCCAUAAGGGGUGGAAACACUGGUCCAUGAGGACAGACAUCACCAGGCUCACCCACACCAGGGACAUCGAGGAGCUGCAGUUGCCCAUGGCCCUUGCAGACAACUAUACCUUCUCCAGGCCUGUGCACCCACCAGGGUCACCAAGCCCCACAAAGAAGCUGAUUGAGGAGUCCUGCUGAGCCCACUGUGUGGCAGCAGGGGGUGGCAGGCUGGGGGUCCUGGGCCAGCAAGGUGGCUCGUGUCCACUAAGCCCACAGUGCCCAUGUCCCCUCUGGAAGACCAACUACCAAUUUCUUGUUCCUGAAGCCACUCCCUCCAUGACCUCUGGCCCCAGGCUUUCCCACAUGGAAGGUGGCUGCAUACCAAGGGGAGGAGCGAUACCUCCGGGCUGCCGGGAACCCAGAUUGCGUGUGGCAGGCAGUGGGGCCUCUUCAUCAGCAACCCUCCUGGCUGGCUCCCUUGGCUGUGGGCAGGGAACAGGGCUGCUGGCAGAGGUACCUGGUGGCUGCCCUGUUCGCAUCAGUGGUGAUGACUUUAUUUGCAGGGCAUUUCUGCAAGUAUUGCUCGGAUGCAGUGGCACAUUGUGGGCCCUCUGGGCUCCUGCCUCAGAACGUCAGUGGGCACCAUGCCGGGGGUCACCCAGCACCGUGGCAGCGCCCAGUAGGGCAUAGGGCAGCCUGCCACCUCCAAGGGGGCAGGAGUCCUCAUCUGGGGUUGGGUCUGUGCUGAGCUGGAGGGCCUGUAGGCAGAUGUGGGGCAGGGUGGCCAGCUGCUCCGGCUCCCAGAGGGGCAGCCCAGACAUCCUCAAGCGGGAGCCCCAAAUGUCCACGCCCAGAACGACAGUUGACAGGACAGGCAUGACACAGCCAUGUCAGAGGCAAGGGGUGCCGGGAGUCCCCAGCCGCCUCCUUGGGGAGAAGUUGGUGAGGGGUCCGCACAGGGUGGGGCCCCCAGCUCCAGCACGUGACCGAGGCGAGAGUGCAGCAGCUGGCCUGCUUGUCUGGUGGAGAAAGCCAGCUCCCUGCACCCUCGGGCCGAGUCAGAUCUGGGUCUGCCCCGAAGGCCUUGCCUAGGCCAGGUCACACUGAUGCCCUGGUUUCCCCACCUGUAAAAUGGGGCCAAUGACACCUACCUCACUGGGUCACCAUCGAGAUCAAUCCUCCUCCCUGCCCUGACACCUCGGGCACAUCGCGUGCACUCAGAGCACAGAGCCAGGCAGAUGCAGCACCUGGACGGGAGCCCAGCGCCCAGCAUAGCGCAGGGGCUUCCAGGGAGGCCGUGCAGGGCGGUGGGGCUGAGCCGCACUCUCGUUUUGUCAGGCAGCUAUGCAGUUGCUCUUCCUUGUUUUGGUUUUUUUGGUUUUUUAAUAUUUAUUUUUUUAGAGACAGGACUUUGCUCUGUUGCCUGGGCUGGAGAACAGUGGCACUGUCAUAGCUCACUGCAGCCUCAAACUCCUGGGCUCAAGCGAUCCUCCCCCCUCAGCCUCCUGAGUAACUGGGACUUUGACAGGCAUGCACCACCACACCCAGUCAAAACAGCUGUCUUCCCCUUGAGAGUCAUCAGAAAAAUACAUUAGGAAAAUGUGUUUAGAAAUAAAAGCACAAGGCAGGGCGCAGUGCUCACGCCUGUCAUCCCAGCACUUUGGAAGGCCGAGACGGGAGGAUCACUUGAGGCCAGGAAUUUGAGACCAGCCUGGGCAACAUGGGAAAACCUUGUCUCUUUUUUUGGUAUAUAAAAAAAUAAAAAUAAAAGAAAUAAUGCAUUUUAACCUU